GGACGGCAUUCAUCCCACCCGAGAUGGAGCAACCCGUUUAUCCAGAAAUCUGGCCGAUUUUAUUAAUCCGAACCACUGACAAUUCAAAGCAGAGAUCAGGGAGCAGGGCCGCAGUCUUACACGCCCCCCUGCGCCUCUUUUAGAGCAGCCUCCCAGCCACUACCACUUAUACACAGAGACAAGGGAGCAGAGCCGCAGUGUAAAACGCCCUUCUGUACUCCCUUCAGAGCAGCUUCCAAGCUACAAUCAGCUUGACAUAGAAAUCAGGGAGCAGAGCCACAGUGUAAAACGCCCCUCUGUACUCCCUUCAGAGCAGCUUCUAAGCUACUCUCAGCUUGACAUAGAAAUCAGGGAGCAGAGCCACAGUGUAAAACGUCCCUCUGUACUCCCUUCAGAGCAGCUUCCUAGCUACAAUCAGCUUGACAUAGAAAUCAGGGAGCAGAGCCACAGCUCUACACGUUCCUCUGUACUUUUGUUAGAGCAGCCUCCUAGCUACUGUCACUUUAAUAUAGAGACUGUGUCUGUCCCUCGUACUCGGCUCUAAAAUUCUAACCGAUCAAUUAAAAAAGGAGUAAAUAACAAGAACCUUACUAGAAUUAAGACUGUUAACAUAGCUGAACCAAGUACUAGUAAGAUAAAAUGUGGUCUACUGAAUAUAAGGUCUCUAAAUUCAAAAUCUGUGUUAAUAAAUGAACUAAUCUCUGAUCAUCGCAUUGAUUUACUCUCCCUAACCGAAACAUGGCUGCGUAAGGAUGAAUAUGUAAGUUUAAAUGAAUCCACUCCUCCUAGCCACCUAAACUUUCACAUUCCUCGAGACUCUGGCCGAGGUGGUGGAGUUGCAGCUAUCUACAAUUCCAGUCUUAGAAUUAACCCAAGACCAAAACUAGAUUAUAACUCUUUUGAAAGUCUCGUUCUCAGUCUCCCGCAUCCAGCCUCAAAGUCCAUGAGACCACUGGUAUUUGCUAUAGUUUACCGCCCUCCGAGCCCAUACUCUGAGUUUUUGUCAGAGUUCUCAGAGUUCCUAUCUGAAUUAGUCCUUCCCGCAGAUAAAGUCAUCGUCGUCGGUGACUUUAAUAUUCACGUAGAUGUAGAAAAUGAUAGCCUAAGCAUUUCUUUUCGGUCCUUGCUAGAUUCAAUUGGGUUUACACAGUGUGUACACAGACCUACGCACUGCUUUAACCACACUCUCGAUCUCGUCCUGGCUUAUGGCCUCGAAACUGAAGCCCUGUUAGUCAGCUCAUUAAAUCCUCUAUUAUCUGAUCACUGUCUAGUAACUUUUGAAUUUGUGCUUUCAGGUUACUCUCCUCACAACAAAGCCGUGCUAACUAGAAAGUUGUCUGAAAAUGCUGUUACUAAGUUCAAGGAGGUAAUUCCGUCUGCUCUAAAUUCUGUAGUUGAGAAAAACUUCACUGAUAGCUCAUAUUUAAACAUCAGUCCCUUGCAACUCGACCAGUUUGUUGAUGAUACCUCAGGCACACUGCGAUCAGUUCUAGACUCAGUUGCCCCUCUUCGACAAAAAACUCUUACACGCGAGAGGCUAGCCCCGUGGUAUAAUGCUGAAACCCGUGAGCUGAAACAGUUAUUAAGAAAAUGUGAAAGGAUUUGGCGCUCCUCCAAAACAGCUGAAGCUCGUUUUCUCUGGCAGGAAUGUCUCGAUAAAUAUAAGAAAGCCCUACGACAUGCUCGGACAACCUACUACUCGUCUCUUAUUGAGGAAAAUAAGAAUAACCCCAGAUAUCUCUUCAGCACUGUAGCCAGGCUGACAGACUGUCAGAGCACCACUGAACCAUGUAUCCCAUUAGCCCUUAGCAGCAAUGACUUCCUGAGCUUCUUCAAUGAUAAAAUCUUAAAAAUAAGAGGUAAAAUUAGUAACCUAUUGACUCCAUCAAGUGUCUCUCUCUCAGAUAACCCUAAAAAUGUUGAGGAGCCCCUAAGGCCUCUGGUGCACCUUAGUAAUUUUGUACCUAUUGACCUUCCUGAGUUAAAGUCAGUGGUGCUAGCAGCCAAACCAUCGACGUGUCUCUUAGACCCAAUUCCAUCAAAAUUGCUGAAGGAAACUCUUCCUUUGAUUAGUACGUCCCUGCUCAAAUUGAUUAACACGUCUUUAUUAACAGGAUAUGUUCCCCAGUCUUUCAAGACUGCAUUGAUUAAGCCUCUCCUUAAAAAACCUACUCUGGACUCAAGCUCCCUAGCUAACUAUAGACCAAUAUCCAACCUUCCUUUUAUUUCUAAAAUCCUAGAGAAAGUUGUUGCGAAUCAACUCUGUGAUUUUCUCCAUAACAACGGUUUAUUCGAGGAUUUCCAGUCUGGGUUUAGAACCCAUCACAGCACAGAGACUGCUCUGCUAAAGGUGUCAAAUGACCUACUCAUGGCCUCGGACAAUGGUCUUCUCUCUGUUCUAGUCCUGUUAGAUCUUAGUGCAGCAUUUGACACAAUUGACCACUCCAUCCUGCUUCAGAGACUAGAACAAUCUAUAGGCAUAGCAGGAUCAGCUCUCUCCUGGUUUAAAUCAUACCUAACAGAUCGAUCCCAGUUUGUCAAUGUAAAUAAUGAAUCCUCUGCACACACCAAGGUCUGCUACGGUGUGCCGCAAGGGUCAGUGCUCGGUCCAAUCCUAUUCACCCUGUACAUGAUUCCGCUGGGUAAAAUUAUGAGGAAGUACUCGAUUAAUUUCCACUGUUAUGCAGAGGACACCCAGCUAUACCUAUCCAUAAAGCCAGAGGAAGCAGGCCAGGUUGCUAGGUUAGAAGACUGCCUCAAAGAUAUAAAAUCCUGGAUGACCAAUAACUUUCUAAUGCUCAACUCAGACAAAACUGAAGUUCUGGUCCUCGGUCCUAAACACCUUAGAGAGGCGUUCUCUAGUAAUUUAGCUACAUUUGAUGGUAUCAGCCUGGCAUCCAGCCCCACUGUGCGAAAUCUAGGAGUUGUAUUUGAUCAGGAUUUAUCUUUUAGCUCCCACAUUCAACAAAUUUCCAGGACAGCCUUUUUCCAGCUGCGCAAUAUCUCAAAAAUUAGACGUAUAUUGUCUCAGAGCGAUGCAGAAAAACUAGUCCAUGCCUUUGUUACCUCUAGGCUGGAUUACUGUAAUUCUCUCCUAUCAGGCUGCUCUAGUAAGUCAUUAAGGACUCUUCAGAUGGUCCAAAAUGCAGCAGCUCGGGUAUUGACUAGAACUAGAAGGAGGGAGCACAUUUCUCCUGUUUUAGCCUCUCUUCACUGGCUCCCUAUUAAAUAUAGAAUUGAGUUUAAAAUCCUCCUUGUGACAUAUAAAGCGCUUAAUGGCCAGGCGCCAUCAUAUCUCAACGAGCUAGUUAUACCGUACUUUCCAUCUAGACCGUUACGCUCACAGUCUGCAGGUCUGCUCGUUGUACCAAAUGUCUCUAAAAGUAGUAUUGGAGGAAGAGCUUUCAGCUACCAGGCACCUCUCCUCUGGAAUCAUUUACCGCUCGAGGUUCAGGGGGCAGACACACUCUCAACUUUCAAGAGUAGACUUAAAACGUUCCUCUUUGAUAAAGCCUAUAGUCAGGGCUGAUUUGAACCAGCUCUUAGUUAUGCUGCUAUAGGCCUAGACUGCCGGGGCUAUCUGGCACACUGAGCUAGAGUCUGUCUCUAUCUCCUCUUUAGUCACUGACCAGUUUUCUGUCUCUCUGAGUGUCUCUGAGUCUUUUAGCUGCCACUGGACUAAUGCUGCAAACAGGUCUGCUGCGGAACUGCCUGACCCCAGCUGCAUCCACCCUGGGCCCUGAGCUCAACUCUUUGGCUCUUUGGCUCCUCUGGACCGUUGCCGCAGACCCCCCCCGGCCCUGAGCUCCUUCUUCUCUCUGAUUCCUCUGGGCUGUUGCUGUUACUGUUACUGCAGACAUGAACAUCAGCCUCACUGUCAUUAUUGACAUUAAUAAUACAAAAUAGAACUGACUACGAUUAAGCCUGCUAACUGUAAUCACACUCAAUUAAUUCAACAUUGUCCAUUAUCACUCAUAUCCUAAACCUGUAAACUGAACUUUU